AUCUUAUAAUGAUUGUUUUUUUGCACUUUUGUGUUAACAUAUUUGUAGUCAUAGAACUGGUUUACCUAGGUUAAUGGCAGUUUUGUAUAUAACUUCUGUAAGCUGUUUCUUUCUUGAAUAAAAUUGCUAAUGGCUAAAGUUAUAUAUGGUUUAUUCAUAAUUUAUCUGCUUCUGUUUUGUACUCUUCAGGAAAACUAUCAUACAUCUUUAAAAUCACCCACUUACACAUUAAAAUCCCUAUUCACUUCCUGGCCAGUCAUUUCUUCUCUCCAAUUAUAACAGUUAGCAAAUAACUUUUUUUUUUUAAAUUAACUGAUUCAAAAAGUUAUCACUAAUCAUGUUAUAAUACCACUAGCUACUAUUAUACAGUUAAACUGAGAGAGAGAGAGAAGAGGAGGCUGAUGGGAUUGCUCUUCUACGCUACGUAGUAUAAAUGAGCUGUUUGUCCCUCCGAGCGUCAGUUCUUUUCCGGCAUCCACUUAGACAAGUUGUACUAGCAAGACGCACGUUGGUGUUAGGAACCACUAUGGUGAAAAACCUCUCAAUAUUCUCUCUUGCCGACUUAAAGAAACUCCUCUCAGAAGUGGAGAUGGAAAAUAAGAAAAAUAUCCCCACGCUGGAUGAUGCACUGAAGGCAAUAAAGAAGCAAGCUGAAGACGGCGAAUGUGAUCAAAGGAGGACAUGGGCCUAUAUCUGCGAGUAUAUUAGAGAAGUGUAUGAUCAUAAAACAGACACCAUGCCACCCGAGUCGAUUCCAGCAAGUUGUAAUGAAGUCAACCUCCCGCAUCGUCCAAGUGGGUCAGUAGAAGUCGUGAGUAAGCAAGAUCCUGUAUUGCUCUCAACAUUAGCCUUCCCGCCUCGUCCAAGCAGCAUAGUGCCACUUGUUUUGUGUGAGGAAGAUUCUUUACCAUUUCCAUCACCCCAAGUGGCAACUUCACAGAGCGUGAAGCGGCUGAGGCCUCAAAUCAACAAUGACUGUGAGGAUGGUCAGCCUGAUGAUACAGCCACCUUGGUCAUUCCAUUCUCUGCCGCCCCCCAGUCACAGGAGGGUGGUUGUUACGGGACAUCAGCGGGUCUUACUAGUGGCCAGACUCAGCUUAACAUUGGCCAGUUUGCACCAUUGCAGAAUUCAGCAGUACAGCAAAGACCAAGUGGAAUGGUGGAUGUUCCAACACUCACCAAUUUGGAGGGCAAGUAUGGGUUCACAGUCUCCGUUGAUGAUAAGGAACGCUCCACCAAGAGUCCCAUGUGGCUGAUGAGCACCAUUGUCAACAAAUUGUAUACAAACCUCAACAAGGCUGUGCCAUUUGAGGUGAGGAUGAAUAACCCACCUACUGAUGACGAGAAAAUGUACAUCCGAGCCAUCCUUGUAUUUUCCAGCCCUGAAUUCUUGAGAACAAAUGUAAUUCGCUGUCCCAACCAUGCAGCAAUUGCUGAAGCAACCAAUCAUGACUUUCCUUACCCAAACCAUGUGGUGAGGGCAGACCACCCUGCUGCUCUGUACCAGGAGAGUCCCUCAGGCCGGCUCUCUGUUGUGGUGCCUCUGGACCUGCACCAGAACAGCCCAGAUUAUGCCCUCAUCUUGCUGCGCUUCAUGUGCCUUGGUUCUUGUGUUGGUGGUAUUAACAGACGACCAAUCUCUAUUGUGCUUACUUUGGAAAAUGGGCAAGCUGAAGUACUAGGACGCAAAGUGAUUGAUGUGCGGGUGUGUGCCUGCCCGACAAGAGAUAUCAGAACAGACGAGCAGACAGUUUCUAAUAGGGGAGUUAAACGCAAGGGUUCCUCCACACAGGCACAACAAAUCAUCAAGAAGAAACCCAAAAUGGUAGAGCCCAAACUUGAUCUUGAUGAGGGAUCACAGGAGGUGUUCAACAUUAAGGUGCAGGGUCGCCAGCUGUACACCUUUAUGCUGAACAUGAUGCGUGUGUACUACAGCACCCAUCCAGAAUAUGCUGUGCGGUAUCCUGACCCCACUCUUGCAGUGAACAGUUCCAUUAGACAGAAGAACACAAGUGUGAAAGAAAAAACAAGCAGGACAGAUAUUGUUGAGGAAAACAACAUUAAUCCAGGGAGAUCUGCAGGAAGUUCUCCAGUUCAUGAUGGGAACUUGGUAAUAGAUUCCCAGGAAAGUCCACCCCAUGCUUCAUCAAGUCAGCUGCACCACCAUUCAAUUCCAUCCACCAUGAAUCUGGUUGUUAUGAAAAGAGAGACCAAUGGUUUGGAUUCUAUAAAUGUUCAGCACUCUAACAUCAAGUCUUCUGCACAGAUUUUGAAUUUGGCGCCUUCCAUUCCAAUAUUCUCAUCUCCUAGCCUCUCUACGACUAAGGUAGUGCCACUUAUCCCUACAAGGCCUCAGCUCACCACCACUCAGAAUGAUGUCACCACACCUCCCAAUGGCAGUUUACCAAGGCACAUCCCAUUUGUACCAGUCCAAAGAGAAGCUUCAUUAAGAAGAGUGAAUUCAGACUCUAAAAUUGGGAGUGUCAGAUUGCCACUGGCUCUCAAAAGUUCUUCCAUAAACAAUGUGGCCCCUGCCUCCACUAACAGUGUGGCCUUAGAACUGAACAGUACUGGCCAAAAUGAAAAGUCAUCUCAUGAUAGUGAAGAAAUGUUAGCAGCCAAUGUCUUGGCUGAUAUUAGUCGCAGCAGGUUUUAAACAGAAGUAGAAAAUUGUAUGUGUUUAAACACUAGAAUAAGACAGUACAACUCAACAUGUGUGCUGACUGCCUUCACUUUUAUGUGCCUUUGAGUGACUUGCUUGUGUCACUAAAUCUUUGGGGGAAAGUUUAACAUAAACCUUGUAACCUUGAUCAAGACAUUCCAAAUGUGGAGACCAGUGAUUCUGAAGACCAUUUGAUUACCAACCAUGUAGAUACAAGAUUUGUAUUUGCAUAAUUUCAGAACCUAAACUUAUUGAGUUAUGGAUUUCAUGCUUUCAGAAAACAUUAGAAUGGUGAUUUUGCACAUCCUUGUGGAAAGCCAAAGAUGACAUUUAACUCAAAUAUGAAAAACAUGCAAAGUGGACUGUGGUGAAAAAUUGCCAGUGUAUAAUAGGGCAUUAAUAGGAUGCUCCAAGUGAAAAAAAAAGGGGGGGUAAGCCAUUCAGGCUGUGGAAACCCAGUGAUGUAUUGCUUUUUUGUACAUUACAAUUUAAGAUUAUUAGCCUAAGUUUACUUUAAAAUAACUGCCUCAAUAUGAAAAUUAAUAUACAAGAUAGUGUGUGAUGAGUGGCUGAGGUAACAGGGUUGGAUGCCACACGUCAAGGGUCAAGGCAUCCUGCAGCCAGUCUCUAUGGGUACCUCUUAGUGCUAGUCAAGAAACUGUUCCCUAAUUUUGUCAGAUACUUGUUAAGAAGCUUAAUUCUUAGAGUCAUCAAAAGAUUGAAUAUGUUCCACCUCACUGCUUUAUGAAAGCUUCAUCUCAUGUUCAUUUAUGUUUAAUUUGCUCCUUCCCAACAUGGAUUGGAUGGAAAUCUUAAUAUGACUUGCACACCCUCUAAUCAUAAUUUAUACACUAGUUAUUUGUUCUCUUGGUAAUUUGUAGAAACUGAAACUGAGUAGUGGAUGCAAAAUAUGUUGUAGAAACCAUUACUAAAAUAUUAGGAGGGAAUUGAGGCUACUGUGCCGUCCACUUGAUGAAUUUUCAUGUUGCUGUCAUGCUUUCUUAACACAAACUAAAACUCAGUUGAUAUUUAUAAGUUUUGGUUAUUUAUUUAUUAUGUUUUUAAUUAAAGGAACUAUUAAGUGAUUUCUUUUGCCAUCAGACUUUUGUCAGUAUCUAUCUCAUGGCAUCCAGUGCUAGUCUUGCCUAGCACAAGUUUUCUGUUAUUUAUUUACUGCUAUCAAGUCUUAGUUGAGGGCUACAGAAUUAUUCGCAUUGUGGUCAGUGUUGUAUACCUGUAUAUCAUUUUCCUGAGAAUGUGCAAUUAGUAUGUUCUUAAUUUAUUAGGUAUAACAUGUUAUACUUUAACCAUAAUGCAAAAGAACAUUAAAUAUAAUAUAUAUUUACUUCUUAAGCAGAAAUAAAAUUUCAUAGGAAAUUAGUUAGAAAGUGAAUUAGUUGUAUUUUCUCUUUAUGUUAGGUGGACAUUGGGUGUUACCUUGUGCCCUCCAGUAUGGUGCCUUAAAGUGCCUGCCUCAGAACAACACUAUUGUGCAUGUAUAUGUGCAUGCAUCCUGUUGUAUUCUGUACACAAUACACUUAACCAACAUGGAAA